CCAGGCGGGGUUGGUGUAGGGGACUCGUGAGUCCAAACUCAAAGCGGUCUGCCUGUCCUUGGCGGCAGACUCGAACACACGACCAUGUUGUUGCAGCGCGUCAUGUUCCUCCCACUAUUCACUCAGUGGAACAGGCAAACUACCAAAAAUCUCGUUCCUCGCUUCCCCGCUGUGCGGCUGACCGGCUUCAGGAGCAACUCGACAGGCGUCCCAGAUGUGAAGGAGCGGACCCUCAUUGCUGUCAAACCUGACGGCGUCCAGCGUCGUCUCGUGGGACAGAUCAUCCGGCGCUUUGAGCAGAGGGGCUUCAAGCUGGUGGGCCUGAAAAUGCUGCAGGUGUCCGAGGAGCUCCUGUCUCAACACUACUGCCAACUGACGCAGAAGCCCUUCUAUCCCAGUCUGGUGGAGUACAUGACCUCUGGGCCCGUGGUUGUCAUGGUGUGGGAAGGGCAGAAUGUGGUCCAGUCAUCGCGUGCGAUGGUGGGACCCACCAACCCUGCCGCGGCCCCAGCAGGCACCGUCCGAGGAGAUUUCAGCCUUCACGUCAGCAGGAAUGUGGUCCAUGCCAGUGAUUCCCUGGAGGGAGCGCAAAGGGAGAUUCAGCUGUGGUUCCAGGGAAAGGAGCUUGUGAAGUGGGGCUGCUGGGACCAGACAUUAACCUGCGAGGAGUAAAGAUGCUGAGCAGUGAUGCUACCUCUUCUCUUGUUGUUGGUGAUGCUGCUUCUUUGAAAGUUCUUCUUAAAAGGAUGUACUUUAUUUUCCAGAAUAAUUUGCCUCAGGAAACUUUUGUUCCAACAAGCAAAUAGUAGAGAUUGUAUCAUUUAACAUCAGCUCAAGUGCAUUUGCCUUUUGUGUUAUUGCUGAAAUGACUUUGGUAGAAAUAUUCAGUGAUCCACAAUUACCUGAUCAAAAUCAUCGUACUGCUAAUUUACUACGUAUUUCCACUUUAAUCCAGCAGUAGCUAAAAGCUCAGGGUGUAGAAAGUGAAGGAAUUACCUCCUGCCAUUUAGUGUUAACCACUGCAAAGAAAUGAAUCAACUCAUUUCUGUUUUUUUUUUUUUUUUUUUUUUUUUUAAUCUUCCUCAAUUCCACUUCAGCUAAAUCUGCCUACCUGAAAUCAGUUUGGGAUUUGUGAGAUCAGCAAACAAGUAGAGGGCAGAAAACCUUUUAAUAUGUAAAUUGUGAACUAAAAUUACAUUUUCUUAAAUGUAAUCUCAAUAAUUGCAAUUGCGCGAUUUGCUGGUGCUUCGAGUAGAAGAUAUUUAUUAAUUGUUGUAAGAUGUCUGUCUUGAAAUAACUCAGGUUUUGCAUAUUUUGAUGAAUGUUGUGACUUAAAAAUAAUUGCUUUAAAAGUCA